AUCUUCAUGUUUUCCACGUUACCUGCUGCUUUUCUCUCCCACAUCGCGCACACAAAACAAUAAUUUCCAUUUUCCAGGAAUUUUCUAAGCCUGGCAAUUUCGACAAUUACAAUUCACAAACAAGCUUAAAAUCGCUCUUUCACGACAAAGAUUUGCUUGGACUAAGCAGUUUUCGGAAUCAUUCUAAGAAAUUUGAUUUUAGGCAAUCAUAUUUGAAUUAAUUGAGGAAGCUAUUGUUCGUUAAAAAAUUUCUUUCAAGGUAAUCCUUUCCCAAUUACUACCAAGAAUUUCAAUUUCAUGCUUAGCCCUUUUUUUCAUUUUUGCACUUUUAAUACACUAGGGUUUCAAUUCCCCCCAAAUUGAAACCCUAGACACUUUCCCUUUUGUUAGAUGUAGUUAUUCGGAAAUCAAAAAAUGGCGCAACUAGGUAUUUUUAAUCCAAGAAGAAAAUCCCAAUUUCGUGGAAUAUUCAAUGUAUUAUGUGCAGUGAUCUUAUUUUUCUUUUUCUUCAAUAGAGAAGAUAUACUCAGAAAUCCUUUACUUAGGCAAACUUCUGUGAAUGAUAAUCGAUGGUCCUUUCCUGUCAAUUCUGGCAAUGGUUCGACCCAUGUUGAAAUAAUCCGUCGUAGAACAGCUGAAAUAAUUGAUAAUUCUACAAAUUUUGUUAAUGGGUCUGUUUUGAGUGGAGAAAGAGCAGUGUUUUGUAUUGGGUUGAGAGAUCAUGUGGGUUUUGAUUCUCAUUGCGAAUAUUUGAAGGCACACCCGGAAUGUUCUACUGGUGGUUUCUUCGAUUACUUGCAGUUUUUCUACUGUAAGUGUCAAAGACUUGGUUUGCUGGGUUACGCUGUUCUAGGGAUUUGGCUUGCAGCAUUAUUUUACCUUCUUGGUAAUACUGCUGCUGAUUACUUUUGUUGUUCAUUAGAGAAGCUUUCGAGUAUUUUGAAUCUUCCGCCUACUGUUGCUGGAGUCACUCUCCUUCCGCUAGGCAAUGGAGCUCCUGAUGUGUUUGCAAGUAUUGCUGCGUUUGUAGGGACCGGUGCUGGUGAGGUUGGGUUGAAUAGUGUGUUGGGUGGGGCUGUUUUUGUGACCUGUGUUGUUGUUGGGACUGUUUCGCUUUUGGUGGCUAAUAAGCAGCUUCAAAUUGAUCGGAGAUGCUUCAUAAGAGAUCUUAGCUUCUUUCUUGUCACUAUUAUUGCACUCUUGUUGAUUUUAUUUGUUGGAAGGAUAACUGUUGGUGUGGCUAUUGCUUUUUUGAUGAUAUAUGUUCUCUAUGCGUUUGUUGUUGCUGCAAAUGAGUUGUUGAGAAAGGAAGCUCAGAGACUGAAACUAGAUGCUGUCACUCCGUUGCUUCCUUUGAAAGGAAGUGUUUACACUCUAGGAGGUUCCGAGGAUGAUGCUAUUUAUAGUCCCUUGCUUGACUUUGAGAGUGAGAGUGAUGCGCCUUGUCUCCAUCCGUCCUUACCACAGUGGAUGUGGGCUUCUAAUGUUGCGAUUUACUCGCAUCAGUCUUUGAAAACGGAUGGUGAAAGGCCUCCUUGGGGCUGGAAUGAUGAAAGACGAGAAGCUGAGAGUUAUUUCUCUUCUUGCUCCAAGCUAUUUUCACUCCUGGAGCUUCCAUUAUCUGUUCCAAGGCGAUUAACCAUUCCAAUGGUGGAGGAGGAAUCAUGGUCAAAGCUGUAUGCUGUUGCGAGUGCCUCAUUAGCCCCUAUCCUUGUUGUGAUUCUAUGGAGCACUCUUGAGAAUCCUGGUUCUCUUAGCAAAGACUUUGUGUACAUCAUUGGAUUGGCGCUCAGCUGCUUGCUUGGAGUCCUUGCAUAUCGUUACACCACUCCGGAUCAUCCACCACAUAGAUUCUUAUUACCAUGGGUUCUUGGAGGCUUCUUUAUGAGCAUUGUGUGGUUCUACAUGAUUGCGAGUGAACUUGUUGGUCUCUUGGUGGCACUAGGCAUUAUUAUGGGAAUCAACCCGUCAAUCCUUGGAUUAACUGUUUUGGCAUGGGGAAACUCUAUGGGAGAUCUUGUUUCAGAUGUUGCGCUGGCAUUGAAUGGUGGGGAUGGAGUGCAGAUUGCCUUUUCAGGGUGCUAUGCCGGUCCCAUGUUUAACACACUGAUUGGACUUGGAAUCUCAUUGCUGCUUGGUGCCUGGUCUGCUAGUCCCGCUUCAUAUAUAGUUCCAAAAGACAGUAGCUUGUUCUACACAAUUAGUUUUCUGUUAGCAGGUCUGAUUUGGGCAAUCAUAGUUUUACUCAAGAAAGACAUGCGACCUAGUAAGGUGUUGGGAAUCGGUCUUAUAUCCCUGUACCUGAUUUUUCUUUCAUUCAAGAUCGCGAAUUUCAUUAGCCCUGGUGAUCUACCGUAAGAAAAGAAAAGUACAUUCAUGUUGCCGAUAAAGAGACGAACCCCAGAAGGGAAAAAGGAUAACGGGAGAAGCCACGGAGAUGAUUGAACUGCAUUGACAUAAGUACCAUCUUGCAGGUAUGAGCUUCCGAACUAUUAGCUUUACUCCUAAUUAUGAACUCGGAUUGAGUAGCAGUGAGUUAUACUUGUAAAUGACAACCCCACUGUUGUAUUUGAUACUUAGGAGGAUAGUAUUUGUUUUGAUUAAAGUUGGACAUGGUCUCUGCUUACUCACUUGUAAGUUGUAAUACUUCAUUUUUUAGCCAAUCCAUUAUUUGACUGACAUGUUAAUCAGAUUACUCAGAAUGGUAAAUAAGACAAAAAAGUAAGUAUAUGAAACUUGUUUAAAGUCUGAUUUGUGUUAGAAAAUAGAAAUAUAAUUCUUUUGA